CCCUCCCCUCCUGAAUCUGUUUCUCGCUCUGGAGCCGUCUUUUCGCUGAUGUAAACAGUCUUAACUGACCGCCUUGAUUAAGUGUCUGACUAAUUAUCUGCGUGUCUGGGAAUGGGUGCAUGUCUGUUGUAUGUGUCAGCAUGUCUGUUGUGUGUGUCAUACACACACACGGAUUCAUGUCUCCCUGCGUACAUACAUACGUACGUGCAUGUAUACACACGUAUAUACAGCCUCCUUUUUUCGCAUGUAUGAUGAGGCAUCAGGUGAAUGAAUGUAUGAUGAUGAUUGCAUACAUUCAUUCAUCCUUUCUUGCCAUCCAUCCAUCCAUCCCAUCCGUCGAUCGACUCCACACUCGAGUACAGAUCUACUCUGAGAUGUGUACCUUCCCCUUCACCUCUACAUGUCUACACGUGUCCAUGUGUCCAUGUCGUGGCGGCUCCCAAUGCUCGCUGAGUUUUGUCUCUGUUUGGGCGUGAGUGUCUCUGUGCCAGUUUUAUGCUGGGCCAGGCAGUGAGACUGGAAGCUUGCUGCCACAUUUUCUGACGAGUGGCAUUGAAUGUUUGUCUGAAACGUCUAGAUCUGCCCCUUUUUUCUGGCAGUCAUGGACACAUGCAUUGCACGUUGCAAUCCCUCAGGACACGGAACAGAAAACAAUCCAUCCCGAAGAAACUCGCUGACUCGCGAUCGGGACCCGGUGUAAAUCUUUGCGGGGGCGUUCAACAAGUUCUCCCUUCCGGAAGGGCAAUCAUGAGCGACGCGAAUCUUCCAGACUAUCGGAAGGCUGCUGGAUCAGUCAUCAUCCAAGUGUCCCACACCGUCCAUCUGCCCUUUUCUUCUGCCGCCGGGGAUGUCUCGCCGUCUCUGCGCGUUCGGUUGGGGAUGCUCCAGAAGGAGUUCAAGAGCAUCGACAAGGCGAAGGCGGUGGAGUUUCCCAUGACCGAGGCAGAAUGGAAGGAGGGCGUCGUGCUGAUUGACAUCAUUGGGGAGGGAAAACGGCAUCUUGGCGUAUGCGUUCCGUGUCGAGAGCUCAGGACGUUCCAAGAUCAAGCAGUGUGAGAGAGAGAGAGAGGAGGGACAACUACAAAGACAUGGACAUAUAUGAUUGUCUUCAGGUGGUUGGCUCUCGCACCGCAGCCGGCGUUGGAACUGGCCCAAUCGAUGGAGCACCACUAUACGGUGGGCCCAGUCGGGAUGCGUGCCAUCCAUCUUGACGAUGUGUCUGUCUUCACACUGCAGCAAGCCCUGCAAAAUGCCGUUCGGCCCACUGUCCCAAAACUGCAGCUGAGAUGUCGACUGAGACGAGCAUCAGAAUUAGGAGUCCCGCCGCCCAUGAUGUCGUCGCAAAGCCUUGCGGGCGCUGAAGGGGGCGAAGAACGUAAGACAGCGGUGUGUGCGCCCUUUUUGACUAAUUGACUACUGUGUGGUUGCCUUAGAUGCCGUGUCUGGUCCUUCGGUGAGUCGUGAGUGGAGUGAGGCGCUCAGUCAGGUUGUGGCCAUCACCACAACACUCGAUACCAUCAGAAGGCACUUCCAGGACUUCCAAAUAAUUAGAGAGAAGGUAGUCGAGCCGGAGUUUCUCGUUUGUAAGCUGCUUUUCGUCUGUGUUGCCUUUAGCUAUCGCACCAUGUAGAGACGCUCUCUGAGACAUCUGACCACCUCUCGUCGUCCAUCGAUGGCGCGGCUCUCCCCUCCUCCUCGCUUUCUGCAUUGAGGGAGAGCCUCGACCAUCUACCUGAUUCAUUGGAUAGGCUGCAGGGCAUGCUCGACAUGUGCCAUCAGUCGCUAGGUCAGCCGGCAGCCGAUUGCAUGUCUCUAUCGCCUCCACCACACACGUGUGUGUGCAGGUAGUGUGUCUGGUCCAGUGAGGAAGAUGGCCAUGUACCUCAGAGACAUUCGCAAAGCCACGACGGUGGGCAUCAAGUAUACGGCUCUUCCCUGCAACGAUCCUCCCGCAUUCAGGGUAUCGAAGAGGACAUCCCAACACCCACUGCAGAGGAGCAACCGCCCCUCUCUCUCCCCCCGCCCACAUACUACGACGAGAUUCUCUCUCGCGUCAUGGAAGACUUCACCAUCUCGCCCAGACCAAAAGAAAGAGACUCCACUAAAGCCAAGGGAACCUCCCCUGCUGCUGGUGUGGUCGAUGCCGAGGCUUAUCUAGCGCGGCUGAGGAGCGAGGGGCUGAUGGGCGAAGAAGGACGGGAUGACGGACACCGGGCGGACGAGGGGUGGUCCUUCCCCGCACCAAGGGAGAGGGGCGAGGCAGGGCCGACCAGUGAAGCGCUCGCACCUCCACUGCCUCGUAGGCCAUGAGUGGUUUGCCAUGUGUCUCACUUUCCAGGGGUCUUUGUGUGUGUGUCUCCAUUUAGCGGCGUUGAAAGAGCACAUUGCACUGUACACCUGGGCGGACCAGCUGGAGGCAUCAAUGGAGCCCGACCUGUCGCCGUCCAUUGCACUCGAUGCGACAUACAGGGGCAAAGUCGGCCUCAACGUGCCCUCCCAAUCUCCCCAAAGACAGCGUCUCUCUGUGUUGCAAGAGGAGGAUUCGCCACCUGCGGCCUCGGCUGCAAGCGGCCUGCCGGCACCAAACUAUCUCGUACGUCGGACAUACAUCAGGGCAUCACACGUGCUGUGUGCGUGUAUGUGUUGUUUUUUCAGAUGUCGGGGGACUCGCCGUCUUCUGGCAGUGAGCUGAUUGGCGGAGGGGGUAGGAAUGCCAGGCAGAGUGAUGACAAGCGAGGUGAGAUGGCCUAUGACGAAGACAUGCGUAUCGACAGGCGAGACUUGCCGCCUCUGUGAUGGAUUCUUCUUACAUGUAUGUGUGGCAACGUGCGUGUGUGUUGGGGUUCGUGGAUCGAGCAUUGGAGCUGGU